AUGCCGCGCUUCGACCCCAACUUUACAGACAACGUCAUCAACAGCAUGGGUCCGAAAACGACCCCGCGCUUCCGCCAACUAAUGACCGGUUUAAUCCGCCACGUCCACGACUACGCGCGCGAAAACGAACUCACCGUCGAUGAAUGGAUGGCCGGCGUGAAGCUCCUCAACUGGGCUGGUCAAAUGAGCGAUGAUAAGCGGAAUGAGGGACAGCUUGUUUGUGAUGUUAUCGGACUGGAGUCUCUAGUAGACGAAAUCACCUACACCCUAGCCUCCGAAGCCCCCGACGCCCCCACAGCCACCGCCAUCCUCGGCCCAUUCUUCCGCGCCGACACACCCUACCGCGAGAACGGAGCGAACAUUGUGCUGACCCCGCCGCCCAAUGGCGAGGGCGAAAUGGCAUUCAUGCACGGCCAAGUCGUCGACUUUGAGACCAAGAAGCCGCUCGUCGGCGCGACGGUGGAGGUCUGGCAGGCUAGUACGAAUGGGUUGUAUGAGCAGCAGGAUCCCCAGCAAGAGGAGUUUAAUCUCCGGGGGAAGUUCAAGACCGAUGAGCAGGGAAGGUAUAGCUUUUAUUGUUUGAGGCCGACGCCGUAUCCGGUUCCUGAUGAUGGUCCCGCUGGAAAACUGCUCGAGUUGAUGGAUAGACAUCCGUUUAGGCCCGCGCAUAUUCAUAUUAUUGCUACAUACGACGGCUACAAGCCCCUCACGACGCAAAUCUUUGAUUCCAAGGAUAAAUACCUCACCAAUGACUCGGUAUUUGCUGUUAAGGAUUCGCUGAUUGUGGAUUUCGUGCCUCGCAAUGAUGAUCCUCAAGCUGGUCUUGAGUUGAACUAUGAUGUUAAGUUGGUGCGGGCGCCGGCGAACUGA